AUGAUCGGCAUGCGUUCGCUGAAGACCUCGCUGAUCGCGGCGACCGCGACGAUCGGCACGCUCUGGGCCGCCGUGGCCCUGGCCGAGCCCGGCGAACCGGGCCAACCGGGCCAACCGGGCCAGCCGGAGCCCCGGGGCAGCUCCGUCUACACGGAGGAGGUGCUGCGCCAGCUGGGCUACCAAGCGCUGGUGAAGGUCCUCUGGAUCCUGUUCUUCACGAAGCAGUGGUCCCUGCUCAAGGUCGGGCUUUCGAUCAAGCAGAAUUGGAACAAUGUCACGAAUGGACUUCACGAAGCCACGUGGCCUCACCGAACGGCCGGCCCCCCCUCCCGAGUAUUCGACGAGCACUUCGCCCUGGGGCUGAGCGACGACGACCUCCUUGCCCGGACCCUUCAUCGCCCCAUCCACGACCAGGCCCGUCGGUCCAAUGUCGGCCGGCGCAGGUCGGGCAUGAGCGAGGUCGUCCACGACGAGGAGAAAUUCCAGGUGACUCUGGACGUCCAGCACUUCUCCCCCUCCGAGAUCCAAGUGAAGACAUCCGGCGACUGGGUGGUCGUCGAGGCGAAGCACGACGAGAAGCGGGACGAGCACGGCUGGGUCUCCCGCCACUUCCAGCGCCGCUACCACCUCCCUCCUGACGUCCGACCCGAGGACGUCCAGUCCUCCCUCUCCUCCGACGGGGUUCUCACCAUCAUAGCUCUCAAAAGGGCACGUCUUUAA